CGGUCCGUUCCGCUGACGACUGCUACAGAAAGCAAGAUGGCGCCCGUCUGUUUGCGGAUACCUCUGCGACGGAUAUAAAUACGCGAAAAGAGAAAAAAAGAAAGAGAAAACAGUGCCGCGAGAAACCGUUACGGACGAUCGAGCGGUCGGUGACGAUCGGUUGUGAUACCCGCGUCUGGUCGACGUCGCCAGGCAUCGCGGUAAGGUCGCGCGAAAGCGUCUGCCUUGUUCCCCGUUGUAGCAAAGCGGAGCGGCGCGCGAAACCCCUCGAAGGCGGCUGAAUUCUUGGUAAUUCGUCGCGGCUCCGGAGGCGGUUCCCGCGAACGGUGCCCACCUGAGGAAUGCCAGAUCGGCCGUGCUCCCCCCCGACAGCAGAUCGACGGAUCGGUAGUGCGACGCGUCGCGAACGAGUGUGAGCGAGUCGUGACAAAAAAAAAAAGAAAGAAAAACGACCUCGCGACACGGCGGAGUGUGCUCUCGUGGGGGAUUUCCUCCCGAGAAGGUGAUAGCGGUCGUUAUUCUCUUUCGUGACGUAUGUGUUUCGCGGAGGUCGUCUGCCAGACGGGUGGUCGGUCGUCGCGAGUGUUUUUAUCGUCCUCGUCGUUGUCGUUUACGUCCACGUUAUCGUCGACGUUACGUCGCGAGUGUCGUAGGAGAUCUCGAUGCUCUGUCGCUUUUCCUUGGAGGACCAACAACCCCUUUGGACAUCUGACCAGAUCAGCUGUUACUGCUGCUGUUAUUGCUGCUGGGACUACUAGCCCGGCAGCCUCCUGCGUGGAUAUCCUUCUGUUGGAGCGGUGGGGCAAGGAGGCGCCGGAAGCAGCCGCGAAUCCGGAAGCAUAGCGAAGAAGAUGGCCUUCAACGAGUUCGGAGAAGUGAACGAUUCGAGUGAUGCGGCGAAACGAGGGGCAGUGAAAUCGGCGAUUUCUUCAAAAGAUCAUCUUCGCUCAUACCGCGUGUUUACGGUGCGCGAGUAGACAUUCAACAUGUUUGCCGCAAUGGUGCUGCACAAGCAUAACAAGCAGAACAAUGGGAAUCACUCGAAUCAUCACGCGAGCAACAACAACUCCACCAAUUCUACCACCAGCAAUAAUCUCAACAACAACAAUCACAUCAAUAACAAUGUCAACAACGUAAAUCAGGCGUUCAGCACAAGAGCGAAGGUGGAUCCCGAGCUGAUAUUUACGAAACAGGAGCGAAUCGGAAAGGGUAGCUUCGGCGAGGUCUUCAAAGGUAUCGACAAUAGGACCCAGCAGGUCGUGGCCAUCAAGAUCAUCGAUCUCGAAGAGGCGGAAGAUGAGAUUGAGGACAUACAGCAGGAGAUUAUGGUGCUGUCGCAAUGCGACAGUCCAUACGUCACCAAGUAUUAUGGGUCUUACCUCAAAGGUACGAAACUGUGGAUCAUCAUGGAAUACCUGGGUGGCGGCUCGGCCCUGGACUUGAUGAAGGCCGGUAGCUUUGAGGAGAUGCACAUUGCCGUGAUAUUACGCGAAGUGCUCAAAGGGCUGGAUUAUCUGCACAGCGAGCGUAAGCUGCAUCGCGACAUUAAAGCGGCAAAUGUGUUAUUGAGCGAAAUGGGCGAUGUCAAGUUAGCCGAUUUCGGCGUAGCCGGUCAGCUGACAAACACCACCAGCAAACGAAACACUUUCGUCGGCACGCCGUUCUGGAUGGCACCCGAGGUUAUCAAACAAUCUGCUUACGAUUCCAAGGCUGACAUUUGGUCUCUGGGCAUCACGGCGAUCGAGCUCGCGAAAGGGGAGCCUCCCAACAGCGAGCUGCAUCCCAUGAGGGUCCUCUUCCUAAUACCCAAGAAUAAUCCGCCGCAACUGACCGGAAAUUAUACGAAACAGUUUAAGGAGUUUGUCGAAGCCUGCCUCAAUAAGGAUCCUGAAAACAGGCCCACAGCAAAGGAGCUGCUAAAAUUCCAGUUUAUCAGAAAGGCAAAGAAGAACUCGUAUCUAAUCGACCUGAUCGAUAGGUACAAAAAGUGGAAAUCACAGCGCAGCGAAGAGUCUGAGACCGAGAGUGAGAAUUCGGACUCGGAGGAAUCCAAGCAAGACAGCGACAUGGACGAGCCGUGGAUAAUGACGGUGAAAGGCCCGCACGGGGUCAAAGGAUCCGUGGUGCCUAUGUUGCCACUGGACGAGCAACCCGCAUCCCUGACUUUAACGCACACGAAUCACAGAUCCUCCAAUCACAAUCAACCGAGCAAACCGCAUGCGAAUGGUGCUUCGCGAUCACCGCCGAAGGACACUACGCUUAAUCAUUACAGAAGCGAGUCCAGAGACUCGUUGCGCGAUAAUCAAGCGAAACAUACGCCGUCCCGACCACACGAAGCUGCACCUCCACCACCGGUGGAUACGAGAGAGAAACGAGACGAGCGGGACUAUCGUGAUUUGAGUCGAGAAUCCACGCUCAGAGAAUCGAAGGAGAUGCGCGACAGUCGCGAGAGAGAUCGAGAAGGUGUCAGGGAACGAGAACGAGAUAGGGAAGGCAGAGAUCGAGAUAGAACCAGCAGAGACUUUAACACACGGGAGAAGAGAAGAAACAGCAAACCGGAAGUGCCCAUCACUUCGAUGGCUGAUCACAGACCCGGCGAGGAUAAACAAAGGCCAAGAAGUUCGCAGGAACUCAAACAUCCGCGAAGCGUCGCUCUGUCCGGUGUUGUCAUGCCUCUGCUUUCCGAGCUUCAACGAAAGCACCAAUAUUCGGCGAGAGACAAUAAUGGCGAAGGUGGUAGCGGUAGCAAGAAUGGCGGUGCUAUUGAAGAAUUGCGGGGCGCUUUUGAAUCGGCGGAACGCACAUCGCCAGGCAUGACAGAGUCUCUUAUCCGCGAACUCAUUAAGUCCCUACUUCCGCCCAAUCACUCGGAAGGACGCCUAUCUAUGCUAAUGGAGAAGGUUAUUCUGAGGGAUACGUAGGGACGCGAGAGGACAAAGGUCCGCAAGAGACUGUGGUCCCAGAAUAUACUGACGUUGUAAAGCCAUUCAUUAUUUUUCUCGAUUAUCAAUUUGCUAAUCAAUACGAGCCGAACACGUUGUCGUUGAAUAGCGACGACUCCGAAUGCGUGAACGCGAAGAUGCGAGGGAAAUGCGUUCGUUAUGCCUAUCCUCCCCAACAUCUUCCGCUCUUCCCUUUCCCCGUUAAUCUAUAAAGACCGUACUACAACGAAGUCUAUCGAAGUUUUACGAAGUAGUCUAUACUAAACCGCCCUUUUUCCAUCUACCCACAUAUCUACCUCGCCAUAUGAUAAAAAUACAUGGACGACGGCAGAUGCACGCGAAACGUUGUGCCAGUAUUUUUGCAGUUCCUACUCGUCUAUUGUCAUCGACCUUAUUUCGAACUUUUCAAUUGAACUGUCCUACAUUUACACAUUUUUCCUUGUCGGUUUGUUGAUCGACAGUUCCUUUCAAUUAUGAAUCGUUAUAAAAUUUAUUUAUCGUUAUAAAAUUUCUUAAAAUGACUUUUUCUCAGUCUAAUUUUAAAUAUUUAAAAUAUUUAAUUAUAUAUAUAAUAUAUUUUAUUAAUAAUUAUAAUUAUAUAUAUUUUAUAAUAAUUGUAUGCUCUCUUCGAAAAGUUAAGAGAACGUAAAAUUGUUUUAUAAUAACAGAAAUCGAAUUAUAUAUUUAACUCAAUGGAGCGAUUUAUCGCUAAAAAUAUAUUGCUUUUAAUAUUAUAUUAUAUUAAAUAUGUCGCUUCAUUAAUAUCAAUAAAACAUUUAUUAAUCAAAUGGAACUGUCGGUUAAUUUCUUUACAGCUUUAGGUCAUAAAAUAUUCAUUAUCACUAGAUUAAUUGCAGAGAGAAUCUAGAGUAUGUAUUUCAUAGUUUAUAUUGAACAAAAAAAUAUUGUUCUGGCAAUCAAUUACGAGUAGAGAAAGGCGGAAGAUAGACUACAACGUGUUUGCACGAAGGUUGAAUUGAAAUCUAUUAUGCGAUAGCCUAAUAAAAAUCUUUUAAACCUUCUCCACAUUCAGCGCGAACAUCGAUCUGGCGAAUGCGACAACAAAACAAAAUUGUACAGAUCCAAAGGCAAAGCGGAUAGAUGAAAAGUAUUCGAUGACUUGGUCUUGCUUCAAUGUAAAUACGUCCGCAGCAUGCACUAUCGCACUACAUCGAGUAUAUCGACGUGAUCUAUGUAAGAAAGAAUGACUUUUGAAGCUUCUGUGGAGCUUUUAAAUGCGGCGCUUCUACUAAUGUUUUUACAAACAGUAUAUUUAUUUAAUAGUAUGUUCCAAUAAGAAAACUUAUUCUAUAGCAGCCGAGUAAAAAAAAGAUAUGUUCUCUGAAUAGAUACCUUCCUAUUGCUUCCUAUGUUAGUGCACGUUUCGGACGUGAAGGAAAAAGGCGUUCUAGCGCGCAAUGCUAGAGGAAUUGUAAAUAUGUAUGUAGCGCGAUAAGAGAUAAUCUUAUUGUUCUUGAUCGACGUCUUUGCCAAUCGGUCGCACAGCUCCGUUAAACGAUCUUGUUAUGAAAAGAAAAAAAUCCUUUUUUUUCCGUGGUCAUCGAUCACCAUUGAAAAAGAUGAUAGAUGUAGGCUAUAGGUAAUAUUGUGAUUACAAAUUUGUCGAGAGCUUUUAUCAUUUCGUCGAUGUAGUUUUCGCUUGUUGCGUAAAAAUUACAGGUAAGUCGCUACAGUGUUUCAACAGCUCCCUCUAUAACGACACAUCGUAGCGUUUAAAUAUAUGUAAUUUAUUUCUAGUUGUGUGUGAAAAUCUCCCAUUUGGAAAUCGUCGAGAAAUGCUACUUUAGAAUUCUAUCGUCUCCGAGCAUACGUACAUGCGAGUACGAAAAACACAUUGAUCUUUCUGUCGCGCCUUGAAAUAUAUAUCAUUAACUUAGAGUAAUAUCCGAAUUGUUUCACGUUAACAAGUUGUUAAAACGCUCAUAUAUUAUCGCCGGACUGUAACAAUUUCACGAUUUGAUAGUUCGAUAGAAAAAGAAAUGUUACAAGAAGCAUCUUUUAUAAAUAAAAAUUUCAAUCCCUCUCGACAAAGCGUUACGUGGAACGACUUGACAAUCGAUCCAGACGGAGAAUUUAAACGAAGAGAUAUGAGAUGAAAGUUUCUUGAACUUUGAAUACGCAGCGGUAGCGACUGAAUAUAUUAUGCGGAACUUGAGUACUGCCGUUCUUCCAAACUCAACUUGCGUUAUACAUACGUUUCCCGAUUUCACUCUACUCCCCCAUAAUUUCCACGAUCGAGUCUGAGCUGCGAUGACUCCCGCGCAGGGCGUCGACACUUAAUCCACGUUGUUUGUAAACUAAUGUAUUUUAUAAAAUAUAGAGAGAGAAAAAUAUAUUCCACACACACGCGUAAAUGAUAGAGGAAUUAUAGAGAAUAUGUCAUCUACGAGGUGGUCGAAGAAAAGUCUCUCGUGAGUGAGAACAUAUGUUUCGACGGAAUACAAGGACUAUCCUGCGUAAACGGUGAUGUAAAGGGAGAUACAAGAGGGUGAUAGAGCAAGAGUGAGAAAGAAGAGAGAUAAUUUAACGCGAGUUUGUAAAAUGAGAAUGUUUGUAAAACGUCAAUUAAUGACAAAAAUCUAAAAAUUAAAUGGCAAAGGGACUUAAUUAUAUUAUUAAAUACAAUCAUUGCCCCAAUUACAAUUCUAUUUUCUUUAUUUUUCAAUUGAGUCUGUUUUUCAUUUGAAUAAUUAUGUUUGAUAAGAAACCAAGAAAGGAGUAUGAUAUGGUAUAUUCUAAAAAUCUUUGCUCUACCAUCGCCUUUUUUUUUCCUUGCCACCCGCUUAGAUGAGGAAUAAGUCAGAUUAUGCGAUAUAUAUAUAUAUCGAUUUUAUUUUUAGUUGAGUUAUGUUAUAUUAUUCAUUUACGUUAUAUUGUUAAUACAGUCAUCAUAUGUCAAUUGAUCAAACGAUUUUUUCAGUUUCUCGUCUUAAAUCGUGCAAAGAAAUCCUUUUACGGCGAUUGCGAAAAAACCGCUUGACAAGGCUUGAUAUGAUUUGACUCUCAUGAACUAUUAUCUUAUUGUCGUUUCAUCGUUUUGGGUUAAGUUCUUUUCGUUUUUAUGGCGAUCGCAAUACCCUAAGCAGGCCUCGUAACGCUGCCAUAAAUGCUUACUGGUUACAUCCGCGCGUUAGAGUCGACUUAUCGCGACGAAGGCGUCUCCGUGCCGAGUUUAAGAAAACUUAUGGCUGUGUAAGCAGUGUGUAUGUUAAAGAAAAAAAAAAAAAAUUGUUGGCUUGCCGAUAUAACGAUCGGUUAAUUUUACGUCCAGUAAUGAUCAUUCUUUUUAUUUAGAACAUUUCUUUUCCGGUGACCUUCUUUAAUUGACGGGGUGAAAAAACUGUAUAUUUACAAAUUAUUUACGAAAUUGUAUCAUCUAAGCUAUUAGUGUUCGUCGCAUGUUAUAAUCUUCGACAGAGAAUUGUUAUUUAUAUAAAUUUCUCUCUUCUCAUACUUUCAAGUGGUUUAUUUAAUCUAUCUUCCUGGCAAGUGUUUAAUGUUGUUAUAUCCUGGCGGGAUAUUUGUACUAUUCCCGGAUUAAUGUGUCGACGAAUUCGUUGUGUAAUUCAUUUCAUCGAGAUAGAAUCGAAAUAGUUGAUAAUUUUUUUUUUUCCAAUCGGCCUUAUAAAGAGGUCUCAAUAUGCUUUAAACAAGCGGUAAAAUUGCGAGUAAAAGUUCGAAAUGCGAUAAGAUAUAGUGAAUUGACAGGACGUAAUUAGAUGAUCGCUCGGAGAACGUUUGCGGAAGAAAUUUCCUGAAUUCGCGGUCGAACCUUUCUCAUGCCAUACUUAACAAUCGGCUAGGAAACUUCUGCGCUUUCGUUGAGUAUGCUUCGCGCGAAGGUUGGACGCUAAAUCGUUCUUCCGUUUCUCUGCGUAUGUAGAUUACGGACGGAUAAGCAGCGCCGAACUGUGAUUUUCAAUUUCUAGGAAGUUGCUUUCUUUUAGUUUAUACAGUCAUGUAGUUGAUCGUACGCGAGUUUUUAUUAACAGAGAUCAUGGUCAGAGAGAGAAAGAGAUAGAGAAAGAAUGCGAAAGAAAGAGAGAGAUAGAUCGAUAAGCCCGUAAAAGAUCCCGCUUGCGAUCUGCGCGAAAUCGCACCACAUUCAAUCCGAAUUACGUGUCCUAUCGUAUCCACAGCACUCUUCUUUGUAUUAUACUCUUAGCUACUACCCAUCUAAUAUAUUCAACGUUAUAACACAUACACACACACACACACACACAUCGUGGUAACAAUAAUAUCUCUCGGCGUAGAGUAUACAUAUAUAAAUAUAUAUAAAAAUAUAUAAAUAUAUAUAUUUUUUGUAUUUUACUUCUACCUUGGCUGCGUUGGACUGUAUUAUAUUGAUUGUAUGUGGCAUGCUAAGGGCGUGUACAAAUAUGAAAUAAAGAUUAAGUGAACCACGA